GGAGCCCGGAGGAAAACAUUAGCCUUCGACUCUGACUUUAGUCGUGGAGACUUUGUGUUUAUCCCGUGAAUGUUUGGCGACGCGCACGGCCGCUUGGGACGCACCGCACCGAGCCAGGACGCACGACAGAUAUGAUGGAUAGAUAGCAGGAAGUGGAAGAGAAAAUGUCGUUCUUUGGCCUGGACUGUGUCAGGAAGAAAGAGAGAGAGCUGGAGAGAAAACUGCGUGCCAAUGACAGAGAGUAUAACCUCUCCUUUAAAUACGCAACAAAUGCCAUCAAGACCUCAAAGUACAACUUUUUCACCUUUCUACCCCUCAACCUUUUUGAGCAGUUCCAGAGGAUCGCCAAUGCCUACUUCCUGUUUCUGCUGGUGCUCCAGGUGAUUCCAGCUAUUUCAUCUCUGUCCUGGUUCACCACAGUCGUGCCUCUGGUCCUUGUCCUGACAGUCACAGCUGCAAAGGACGCCACAGAUGAUAUUAAUCGCCACAGGAGUGACAAUCAUGUCAACAACCGCAAAGUUGAAGUCCUUAUCGAUAGAAAACUGCGGAGUGAGAAAUGGAUGGAUGUGCAGGUGGGAGACAUCAUCAAACUGGAAAACAACCAGUUUGUUACAGCUGAUCUCCUGUUAUUGUCCAGCAGUGAACCCCUUAACCUGGUGUACAUUGAAACAGCAGAACUGGAUGGAGAGACUAACCUGAAGGUGAGGCAGGCUCUACCAGUAACAGGAGACCUGGGAGAUGACAUUGAAAAGUUGGCAGACUUUAAUGGUGAGGUACGCUGUGAACCCCCCAACAACCGCCUGGACCGCUUUACAGGAACACUAACCUAUGCUGGCCAGAAAUAUCCACUAGACAAUGAAAAGAUUCUGCUGCGAGGCUGCACACUCAGGAAUACAGAGUGGUGCUUUGGACUGGUGCUGUUUGGAGGUCCCGAAACAAAGCUGAUGCAGAAUUGUGGGAAGAGCACGUUCAAACGCACCAGCAUAGACCGACUGAUGAAUGUCCUAGUCCUCUGUAUUUUUGGUUUCCUGGCCAUAAUGUGCACCAUCCUGGCCAUAGGGAACUUCUUCUGGGAGAUGAACGAAGGCUCACAGUUCACUGUAUUCCUGCCUAGACAAGAAGGCAAAGAUGCUAAAUUCUCUGCCUUCCUCACAUUCUGGUCCUAUGUCAUCAUCCUCAACACUGUGGUGCCCAUCUCUCUCUAUGUUAGUGUGGAGAUAAUCCGACUGGGGAACAGUUUCUAUAUCGACUGGGACAGGAAGAUGUAUUUCGCACGGAACGAUACCCCGGCUGAGGCCCGAACCACUACACUGAACGAGGAGCUCGGCCAAAUCAAAUACGUCUUCAGCGACAAAACAGGAACACUCACCCAAAAUAUCAUGACCUUCAACAAGUGCUCCAUCAAUGGCAAAUCAUAUGGUGAUGUUUAUGACUAUACAGGCCAAAGAAUAGAAAUCACUGAGAGUACAGAUACAGUGGACUUCUCAUUCAAUCCACUGGCCGACCCUCGCUUCAUGUUCCAUGACCACGCCCUGGUGGAGGCGGUGAAACUUGAGAACCCAGAGGUCCAUGCCUUCUUCAGACUGCUGGCCCUCUGCCAUACUGUGAUGGCCGAGGAGAAGACAGAAGGUGAGCUUUUAUACCAAGCCCAAUCUCCAGAUGAGGGAGCAUUGGUAACAGCUGCCAGAAACUUUGGAUUUGUCUUCCGAUCUCGAACUCCAGAAAGUGUUUCCAUCAUGGAAAUGGGACAGCAGCGCAGCUAUGAACUCUUGGCUAUCUUGGAUUUUAACAAUGUUCGUAAAAGAAUGUCUGUGAUCGUCCGAAGUCCAGAGGGGAAGCUCUCUCUGUACUGUAAAGGUGCAGACACCAUCAUCUAUGAGAGGCUGCACCAGUCCUGCAGCAAACUGAUGGAUGUCACCACAGAGCACCUCAAUGAGUUUGCAGGGGAGGGGCUGCGGACUCUGGCCCUGGCCUAUAAGGAUCUGGAUGAGGACUACUUCAGCCAGUGGAAGCAGCGCCACCAUGAGGCCAGCACUACCCUGGCUGACCGGGAAGACAAACUGGACCAGCUGUACGAGGAAAUAGAAAAGGAUCUCCUGUUGUUAGGUGCAACAGCGAUUGAAGACAAAUUACAGGAUGGAGUACCUCACACUAUAGAGCAGCUGUCCAAAGCUGACGUUAAAAUCUGGGUUUUGACCGGCGAUAAGCAAGAAACUGCAGAAAACAUUGGCUACUCAUGCAACUUACUGCGAGAGGAGAUGAACGAAGUCUUCAUCAUCUCAGGAAACUCACCAGAAGAUGUCAGGCAGGAGCUGAGGAAUGCAAGAACCUCCAUGAAACCAGAUGCAACAGAAGACUCCAUGUUCAUCCCAGAGAGGAUUUUGAGCAACCGUGUCAAAGUGAUCACAGAUGAGGUGGUGAAUGGAGAGUAUGGGCUUGUGAUCAAUGGACACAGUCUGGCGUAUGCCCUGGAGCACAGCAUGGAGCUGGAGUUCCUGAGGACGGCGUGUAUGUGUAAGGCAGUCAUCUGCUGCAGGGUCACUCCUCUGCAGAAGGCUCAGGUGGUGGAGCUGGUCAAGAAGUACAAGCAGGCCGUCACACUGGCUAUUGGAGACGGAGCCAACGACGUCAGCAUGAUCAAAGCGGCCCACAUAGGUGUGGGCAUCUCCGGUCAGGAGGGCAUGCAGGCUGUGCUGUCCAGCGACUACUCAUUUGCCCAGUUUCGCUUCCUGCAGCGCCUCCUGCUGGUGCACGGUCGAUGGUCCUACCUACGAAUGUGCAAGUUCCUGCGCUACUUCUUCUACAAGAAUUUCACAUUUACAUUUGUACACUUCUGGUAUGCCUUCUUCUGUGGCUUCUCUGCACAGACGGUGUAUGAUGAGUGGUUCAUAACACUCUACAACCUGAUGUAUACAGCGCUGCCUGUGCUGGGAAUGAGUCUGUUUGACCAGGAUGUGAAUGACCUGUGGAGUUUUCAGCACCCUCAGCUCUAUAUGCCUGGUCAGCUCAACCUGUACUUCAGUAAGAAGGCCUUCUUCAAGUGUGCACUCCACAGUUGCUACAGCUCCUUGGUGAUCUUCUUCAUCCCCUACCUUGCCAUGAACGACACAGUGAGGGAUGAUGGGAAGGACGUUGCUGACUACCAGUCAUUUGCCCUCCUCACCCAAACCUGCCUCAUGUUUGCUGUCAGUAUUCAGUUGGGCUUUGAGAUGGCCUACUGGACAGCGGUGAACACAUUCUUCAUUUUGGGCAGCCUGGCCAUGUACUUUGCCGUUACCUUCACCAUGUACAGCAACGGCAUGUUUCUCAUGUUACCCUCAGCAUUCCCUUUCAUAGGUGAAACAGCCCGAAACUCUCUGAACCAGCCAAACAUUUGGCUGACGAUCCUCCUCACCUCCAUCCUGUGUGUGCUUCCUGUAGUUACAUACCGCUUCCUGAUGAUUCAGCUCUGCCCCACUAUCAACGACAGGGUGAUAUUCAAGGUGAGACAGGCCAAAGCAGCGCCUCCCCCUCUGCCUCGACGUGCCCGUAUCCGCCGUACAAGCUCUCGCCGCUCAGGUUACGCCUUCUCACAUGCACAGGGCUACGGCGACCUGGUAACAUCCGGCCGCUUCCUGCGUCGCCCGGCCGUGUCGCGAUCCUCAGGUUUUGCCCACACGGGUCGCACCACUACAGGUUUCAGCCCCAUGGGGCGAUCGGCCGGAUACAGCCCAACGGGACGGCCGCAGAACGUCAAAGUCAACGACGUAGAGGUGACCUCCCUGCAGAUGUACAGGACUAUGGACCACACUCUCUGACGGAGGGUGGGUUCACUUUAAGACAGUGAAGAGAUUCCUGAUGAAAGAAUGACAACCUGCCAGUUAAAUCCCGUUGAUCUUUGGGAGCUUCGUACCCAAACUCUCCAGACACCUUUGAAUUAAAGGGUUUUCCUGGACCAGGUUCUUAUCUGCCCAAUCCCCCACCACAAGUUUGAAGUGAAGAUGACUUUUACUCCAAGCCUUUCAUUUGGAUUUAUCAAAGGGAACCACCACAAGCUGCUGGAUAUAAAGAAUAUUUUCCCUCAGUUGUGAGUGAUAAUGUACAAAAAUGCCUGAUACAGAACCAUGAGAGACACUAGUACCAAUAACAGGCUGAUUUUCAAAUUGUGAAAGGAGCAUCAUCGUGUUUACAGACUACCCACACUGUCUUAACGCUGGGAGUCCGCAUGUAUAGCAGUGCUUUGGUCAGACGAGAAAACCAACAAAGCCAAGAUGCACAAUUGAAUUUUGUACCUGAAGUAUCUUUUUAAAGCAUUUUUACAUUCUUAUUAAAAAAAAAGGACAAGCAAGCAGCACUUUGUCAGUGUCCUGCAGCAGAAAUGGGUAUAAAAAUCACUUCUAUGCAAUCCAACUGAGGACGAGCAAAUUUUUAGCAUUAGUUUAUUCAGAAAGAUUGUAAAAGUUGAUUGUUUUAAUUCAACCUAAGAGUGAGCCUUAAUUCCUUUGUAGUUCUGUGGGGAUCCUGGACCCCUUUCUUAAAAGGUCUUUAAAGGAGUUAUUUGUAAUAUUUCCACUUUAAAAUGUUUUUU